AUGGUCACUGACAUUUCCAUUUCCUCUCCACUCCGCUUAUUCCUUAUGCCCAUAACUGCACUCUCGGCAAAAACUUCCGCCAAGUAUCUCUCUAAAAGUUUUCACUUACGGCAAAUUUAUCAACAGCAUGGCUUAACUGCCCAGCAUAAAACUUAUCGCUUUUUUAAAAACCUUUAUUCUUAUGAGCAAAGAGAAGCCCUUAUCAAAAACAACUCUAAACUCGACCAGUUAACUGGGCAAUACUUGCCUCGUAAUCAGCAUAUUUUUCGCCGCUCUGAUAAUUCCUAUUACUAUAAAACUAACGAACAACUAACCGGACACUGUGCUAAGCCGCUUUUAAUCAGAAAAAGUUACCGCUUAGGCUAUCACUCCCUUAGCACUUUGCCGCUCUUAAAACUGGCUCGCCAAAGCCAACCAAAAGAACCCUUAACUUUCCGCAAAAAGUUAACUACUAAACUAGUCCCCCAAGAUUUUCAAGGAUACUUAAUAACUAGCCUACUUUUACUGGCUAAACAAGCCGAAUUCCUAAAUUUACCGCUCGAACAGCCCCAAGUUCCCCAUAACGGCUUUAAAUGCGACCAAUUAGACUAUACCCAUUUUCAAAAAAAACCUAUUUUAAGAUUCAAAUUCGCCCGCACAAGUGCCGAUUUAGUUAAAGAAUUCAUGCUUAAUCUCGACCACCAAGCGGAAAGCUUGGACCUCGACGAAGCCCAAAACUUCACCGAUAGCCGCUUCCCCGACCCUCUUCAAUCUAGAAAUGCUUACCUAAACCUUAGAGGGGUGAAGCUAAAUAGUAACCUACUCUUCCCGGUGGCCUACUUACCUAAGUUCUUCUUUAUUUCUGACCAAUGGCCACCAACUAGUUAUGGCUUACUAGCUAAAAAAGCCCCACCAAAUCAAAUUAUGAAACAAUUAAACAAACUCUCCUCACGGAGCGGGGUGUCAGCCGACCACGCAACUCAACGGCUAAAAAGGUUAAAAGCCUGUUCAACUUGCGGUAAACAAUUUCUGGCUUAUCAGGCUUAUAACUACUGCUCUCCUUCCCAAACUGGGCAAAUUAGUCGCACGGAACUCAAUAAAUUCCAAAACUAUAAAUACUUCACUGAACAGCAAGCCUUAAACAUCCUUAAACCCUUAUUAAACGAGCAACAACUAACCCUCACUUUUAGCGACACUACGGGGAGCAAUAACGACCCGGCCAAAGCCAAAGGUUGUGCGGAAACUUAUGCGAUUAAAUACUUCUUAACCAAAUUCUUCCUUAUCCCCACGACCGACGAAUUAGACCCCGAUAUGACCAAAGAUACUGAGCAUUUAAACCGCAAAGCGGAUG